AUGUCGACCGCUGUCGCUGCAGCGCCCGCUGCCACCACCACCACCACCCCUCUCGCCCCGCUGUCCUCGCCGCAUCGCCCGCCCUCCUACACCAGCCUGCCCUCGGCAGCUCCGAGCGCUGAGCCUGCCGCCAAACGCCAGAGGAACAACGCUUCGCCGCUUGGUGCGUCCGAGAACAACGCUUCUGUCGAAAGGUCGGGCUCGCAUGGCAAGAGUUCGCCUACGUCCGGCCGCAACAUUGUCCCUCCCAAGAUUCAGGUGAAGAAGGAACCGCUGGACGCUUCGCCCUCCAUGUCGUCCUCACGCCCCAGGCCGAAGCGCCUCGAUCUGUCGACGAGUAUGGCGAAUAGUCGUGGCCCGAAUACUGCGAGAGGAUCCGGACCAUUGACUUCGAGAGAGUCGGCUGGACUACAUGUUCAAGAUGUUGGACUCGCAUGUCUAUCUCCAGGCUUCCAAACACAUGACCCGGCGAUGCGGGAACAACUACAGCGGAGCUUGGAUGUACGAGAUCAACAACGACAGAUCAUUGAGGCUAGACAAAAGGGCACGAAACCAGGCAGCUCGCACGAAAACGACAGCGCACAGAGGUCACAGGACACCACGCUCUUCGGCGUACAGACUCGCACACCCACCACAUCUCGACGAAAAGGCCCACCACCGGGCCUCUCGAUCGCCGCACCCUCCGCACAAGAAUUCGCCAACGACCGGGUAAUCCAAUCCGCGCCCCUCCACCAAACCUUCACCGGCCUCCGCCCUGGCGACCAACCAUAUUCCCGCCAGCUCCAACACGGUCCCAGCGGUUUGAGCCAAACCAGCCACAUCCACCACGUCCCCGCGACGCAAACCAACAACCGUCUCCCCCCCAUCGCCGACGUCUUCGCCAACGACCGCCUCGACGCACCGCGGGGCAUCCCUCCCGUCCCAUCCCCCAGCUUCCCCCCUCAACACCAAAACCCACCCCUCUCCGCCCGCGCCCGCGAGUUCCGCUCCGCAGAAGAAGCCGUCGCCGGUCUAUCAGGCGGCCGCGAAGACCUCAUGCCGAAAGUCGUCCACUACGGCGGCGUCCAACCGCCCACUCCACCUUCCCCCAUGCCACCAGGCAGCGCCGCACACCAGCAUUCCGUAGCAGGCACGCAACAACCCUGCCCCCACGCCGGAAGCGGCCAUUACCCUCACGACGGACGACCGGACAUCCUGGCGCGCACUUCGUCAAUGAACGGACGCAGGCGGGGCAGGGAUGAGUAUGAGCGCGACAACGGCAGUCCGCCUUCCGGGUCCGGAUAUCGGGCGCAGGAGGCGAAGCGCACGGCUUUUGCGGUUCGAGGGGAGGAAGGGAGGGGUGAUGAGGAGGAUUGGAGGCGGGGGAUGGGGGGACGGGAGAAGAGGGAGGAGUUUUUGAGGCUUUGUGAGAGGGCUUGGGAUUUGUUUCAUUCGUGA